GAUGUUUGCAGCCGGAGAGCAGGGCUGCUGGAGACUUACUGUGAGCUACUAGCACACGGGUGGAAGACAGCUUUUGCAAUACUCRGUUCCCAUGUGCCGAAAGUCAUCUGUCUUCUGAGUCAACACUCCCGGCCUGGUCAACACCCUGAUCAGGGCUCUGGUGAACAAGCUGUAGCACCUCUUCUGCCUGUGAGCGGUUUGUCACCUCAUUCUGUAAGACUGGCACCAGCAGAGAUGCAGUCACAGAGGAUCCCGGGGAGAAAGCGAGGCCGACCCCCACUCCACUCCACACCUGUGAAGAUGGCCGUCCACAACCUUUAUUCUGCUUCCGCUGGCUCCUUACCAGCCAUGAAGAUGCCCAAGAAAAGGGGGCGGAAGCCUGGGUACAAGCUCAAGUCUCGGGUGCUCAUGACUCCUUUAGCCCUCUCACCUCCGAGGAGUACUCCGGAGCCAGACCUCAGCUCGAUCCCUCAGGACGCAGCCACCAUACCCAGCUUGGCAGCCCCACAGGCUCUCACAGUCUGCCUCUACAUCAACAAGCAAGCCAACGCGGGGCCCUACCUGGAGAGGAGGAAGGUGCAGCAACUUCCUGAGCGCUUCGGCCCCGAGAAGCCAUCCGCGGUCCUGCAGCAGGCCAUCCAGGCGUGCAUCGACUGCGCCCACCAGCAGAAACUGGUCUUCUCCCUGGUCAAGCAGGGCUAUGGUGGUGAGCUGGUGUCAGUCUCGGCUUCCUUCGAUGGGAAGCAGCACCUGCGGAGUCUGCCUGUGGUCAACAGCGUGGGCUACGUCCUGCGCUUCCUGGCCAAGCUGUGCCGCAGCCUCCUGUGUGACGACCUCUUCAGCCACCAGCCCUUCCCUGGGACCCCCAGUGCCUCCGAGAAGGCCCAGGAGCGAGAGGAAGGGCGGAUGGAGUCAGCCAAAACGGUCCCCACCGAAGAGUGCCUGGUGAGCCCCGUGGCCAUGAACCGCUACAGUAUGGACCCCUCCACCUCCUCCUUUGGCCACAGGGGCUCCUUGCCCACCCCCUCCUCACUCUACUGCAAGAGGCUGAACUCUGGAGAUGGCCACCUUGGGGGAGGCCCUGCCACCAUCACCAGUGGUCCCCAUUCCAAUCCUGUGUCCUCUGGAGGCUCCACAGCACCUGGACUGAGGCCCCCAGCCUCCAGCCCCAAGAGAAAUGGGACCUCUCUUGAAGGAAACAGAUGUGCCUCGAGCCCUUCUCCGGAUGCCCAGGAUGCCAGACGGCCCAGGAGCAGAAACCCCUCCACCUGGACCGUGGAGGAUGUGGUCUGGUUUGUGAGAGACGCCGACCCGCAGGCUCUGGGGCCUCACGUGGAGCUCUUCCGAAAGCAUGAGAUUGAUGGCAAUGCCCUAUUGUUGCUGAAGAGUGACAUGAUCAUGAAGUACCUAGGCCUGAAGCUGGGACCCGCGCUGAAACUCUGCUACCACAUUGACAAGCUGAAACAAGCCAAGUUCUGA